GCUGCCUGAGAGUAAAGUAGAGGAACAUACAGGGCAGAUGAGACACUGGACAAAGAACUUUGGGAGAUGGAGACAACUCCUUUACAUGCUUGCUGAACUAAAGCAAGAAUGUCUUGCUCGUGGUUUGGAGACCAAAGGAAUAAAACAAGAUCUUAUUAACAGGCUCCAGGCAUAUCUUGAAGAGCAUGCUGAAGAGGAGGCAAAUGAAGAAGAUGUACUGGGAGAUGAAACAGAGGAAGAAGAACCAAAGCCCAUAGAAUUGCCUGUCAAAGAGGAGGAACCCCCUGAAAAAAACAUUGAUGUGGCAGCAGAAAAGAAAGUGGUAAAAAUUACAUCUGAAAUACCACAGACUGAGAGAAUGCAGAAGAGGGCUGAACGAUUCAAUGUACCUGUGAGCUUGGAGAGUAAGAAAGCUGCUCGGGCAGCUAGGUUUGGGAUUUCUUCAGUUCCAACAAAAGGUCUGUCAUCUGACACCAAGCCUACGCUCUCUGCUGUGUCCUGGGAAAGCAGUAGAGGAUGGCCCAGGUACUUGGACCCCUGCACCUGUGUGGAGACGCUGAGGAAUCUCCUGGCUCCUGGCUUCGGAUCGGCGCAGCUCCGGCUGUUGCGGCUGUUUGGGGAGUGAACCAACGGAGGGAAGACCUUUCUCUCUGUCUCUUCCUCUUACUAUCUGUAACUCUAUCUCUCAAAUAAAUAAAUAGAAAAUCUUAAAAAAGAAAAUAGAAAUGCUAUGGUGAAAUUAAAAGGAACUUCAAAAAGUUAAUGGAAAAUAUAUGUUUUGAAAAAAAUUAUGCCUUGGCUGCAAAAUGUUUUGCACCAGGCCAGUGCCGAGGCUCACUUGGCUAAUCCUCUGCCUGCGGCGCCGGUACCCCGGGUUCUAGUCCCAGUUGGGGCGCCGGAUUCUGUCCUGGUUGCUCCUCUUCCAGUCCAGCUCUCUGCUGUGGCCCGGGAAGGCAGUGGAGGAUGGCCCGAGUGCUUGGGCCCCUGCACUCCCAUGGGAGACCAGGAGGAAGCUCCUAGCUUCAGAUCAGCACAGCGCUGGCUGUAACGGCCAUUUGGGGAGUGAACCAAUGGAAGGAAGACCUUUCUCUCUCUCUCUCUCUCUCUUUCUCUCACUGUCUAACUCUGCCUGUCAAAAAAAAAAUGUUUUGCACUAUAAUAAACAAUAUUUUAAUUGUUUUCUACAAACUUUAUGAAGUGUUUUCAUACAUUCAGCCUUAUGAAAUCCUGCUUUUGGGGUUAUUGUUCAGUAUUGCCAAUAAAGGUGAAAUGUUAAA